AACUCAGGUCUUGUUGUCAAACUUCAAACUUGUCAUUUAAGGUCACCUUGGUGAAGUUCAUCACUGACAGAUUCAAAUUUAAAAAGAUUUUAUAAUCAGCUUUGGUGUCGGAGGAUAUUUAGUCCUUCAGGAUGGAUGUGACGGCAACUCAAGGUUUAUUGAGAGGGGUUCCCAUAAAGGGAAGGGGCUCGCAGUGUUUACUAGCGGCGGUGACUCCCAGGGCAUGAAUGCUGCGGUGCGAUCAGUGGUCCGAAUGGGUAUUUACUUGGGAUGCAAAGUAUACUUCAUUCGCGAAGGCUACCAGGGCAUGGUGGACGGAGGAGACAACAUCGAGGAAGCUAACUGGUCUUCCGUCAGUUCCAUCAUUCAUAAAGGAGGCACCAUUAUUGGCUCAGCUCGAUGCAUGGAUUUCAUCAAACGAGAGGGUCGCCUGAAAGCUGCAUACAACCUUGUUACCCGAGGCAUUACAAAUCUGGUUGUGAUUGGAGGUGACGGAUCUUUGACUGGAGCUAACCUCUUCCGCCAGGAGUGGUCCAGCCUUCUUGAUGAGCUGCUGGAAAAUAAUAAAAUCACCAAAGAUCAAAGAGAGAAAUACAAAUUCUUGCACAUUGCGGGAAUGGUUGGUUCCAUUGACAAUGAUUUCUGUGGUACGGACAUGACCAUUGGCACGGACUCAGCUCUGCACCGAAUCAUCGAGGCCAUCGAUGCCAUUGUGAGCACGGCAUACUCCCAUCAAAGGACUUUCAUCAUGGAGGUCAUGGGUAGACAUUGCGGAUAUCUUGCUGUGGUAACGGGAUUAGCGUCUGAAGCGGACUUUGUGUUUAUCCCCGAGUCGCCUCCAUCAGUUGACUGGAGCGCUAAACUAUGUGAUAAGUUAGAACAGGAAAGGAAAUCGGGCCAGCGUCUGAAUAUCAUCAUCGUAGCGGAGGGAGCUAUCGACCGCGAGGGCAAGCCAAUCACCGCCGAGCUGGUGAAGAAAGUCGUCGUGGACAACCUGCAGCAAGACACGCGUAUCACUGUGCUCGGUCACGUGCAGCGCGGAGGCUCGCCUUCGGCUUUCGACAGGAUUCUGGGUUGCCGCAUGGGAGCAGAGGCAGUGAUGGCACUCAUGGAAGCCACUCCGGAAACCGAGGCGUGCGUGGUGACCCUAGACGGUAACCAGGCUGUGCGCCUCCCCCUCAUGGAGUGCGUGCGACGCACUAAAGCGGUCGCUCAGGCCAUGGCAGACAAGAAGUGGGACCUAGCAGUUCAGCUCCGUGGUCGCAGCUUCGCCCGCAACCUGGAGACCUACAAGAUGCUGACGCGUCUGAAGCCCCCCAAGGAGGCAUUUGACGCCUCCGGUAAGCCCUCCGAGGGCUACACACUGGCGGUAAUGCACGUUGGUGCCCCCGCUUGCGGGAUGAACGCGGCCGUUCGCUCCUUCGUGCGUAACUGCAUCUACCGCGGUGACACUGUCCUCGGCAUUCAUGAUGGCGUUGAAGGCUUCAUUAGCGGGAAUAUUGUCAAGAUGGAGUGGUCGGAUGUAACUGGCUGGGUAGCACAAGGCGGUGCGUUCCUGGGCACCAAGCGCACUCUGCCCGGAGACAAGAAGGCAGAGAUGGCGGCUCGCAUCAAGCAGUUCAACAUCCAGGGAUUACUCAUCAUUGGUGGAUUUGAGGCAUACCAAGCAGGCUUGGAGUUAUACGAAUCCCGCCACCAGUUUGCAGAGUUCAACAUUCCCCUAGUCGUCAUCCCAUCCACCAUCAGCAACAACGUCCCCGGCACCGACUUCUCUCUCGGAGCCGACACAGCGCUUAAUGAGAUCACUGAGAUUUGUGACCGAAUCCGUCAGUCUGCACAGGGUACGAAACGUCGUGUCUUCGUCAUUGAAACCAUGGGUGGAUAUUGCGGCUAUUUAGCUACCUUAGCAGGCCUGGCCGGCGGUGCCGACGCAGCCUACAUUUACGAAGAAAAGUUCUCAAUCAAGGACUUGCAGCAAGACGUGUACCACAUGGCAUCUAAGAUGACGGGCGGCAUCCAGCGCGGUCUCAUUCUGCGUAACGAGAAGGCUAACGACAAUUACAACACGGACUUUAUCUACCGGCUGUAUUCGGAGGAGGGCAAGGGACUGUUCACCGCUAGGAGCAAUGUGCUGGGUCACAUGCAACAAGGCGGCUCCCCGACUCCGUUCGACCGCAACAUGGGAACUAAGAUGGCGGCCAAAUGCCUUCACUGGCUCGUGGAAACGCUGCAGCGCGGUCCCGCCACCGGCGCCGACACGGCCUGUCUGCUCGGCGUCGUGAAACGGCAGUACAAGUUCACACCGCUCGAAGAUCUCAAGGCUCAGACCAACUUUGCACAAAGAAUACCGAAGCAGCAAUGGUGGAUGAAGCUGCGUCCCCUGCUUCGUAUCUUGGCGAAGCACGACUCCACUUACGAAGAGGAAGGAAUGUACAUGACCGUCGAACAAGGAGAGAUUGACUCAGAAAAUGUCAUUUAAUUUAAUUUUACCUCAAUGGAGUUAGUUUAUCGAAUUUUAAAGUUUAGAAUUUAGCUGUCAUUGCUACAACAAUACUAACAGCUUUACAUGUAGGUAGACGUUGAACUGUAGCAGACACAGUGAUUAGUUUGUGAUUAUUAUUUAUUUGUUUCGCUGAGAUUCACUAGUAGGUUAAUAGAUCAAUUUUACAGAGGGCACUAUAUAAUAACGGGGCAGCAAAACGGGUUUAAUUUUAAUAAUCCUGAAUAUCCUGACCGCCAAAGAUGACAUGCGCGGUCUAAAGCUUUGUAUGUUUAGAUAAAGUUUAAUGACGUGCGACACACCGCAGGCGUGGUGUGGUCAAGAAACUAUUUACAAAAAAAAUUGUAUAACAUUUUUUAAACAAUAAGUACAAAUGUUACCAUUCAUGAAACUUUAAUCAGUGACACAGAAUAUUGAUACAUUUAUUAGUUAAAAGGACGUUUCCUAGACAAUUUUGCGCUGUGAAUCAAACUUUACAAAUCUGAGGGCUGUGGAAGUACCGCAUAUAUUGCAGUUCAUUAUGUUGACUAUUUAUUACUAGCGCAAUUUAUUUAUUUUUAACUGUUUAUUUUGAUACAGUACAAUAUUAUGUAAAAUAUUAAUAAGCAAUAUUAUUUUAUUAAGCAUGCUUGUGAAUCUAUCAAACCAUUUUAAUGUAAGUAUCAAUUUUGUAAUUUUUAAUAUUGAUAAAUCACAACUAAUCAAUUAGGUAUAAUAUCGAUAUUUAUUCGAGUGUAGUAACUUAAGGUUUUAAUGUAUAAUAGAAAAUAUAUAUUGAAAUUAAGUUUGCUAACAGUAUUUUUUGAAAUUGUGAGACGUAAUAUAUGUUCGUCGGUAAAUCGUUACUAUUGUUAGAGAUUAUUUAUUCUAGCAGCUUAUAAAUUCAGAAAAACAGCAAAUUCGUGGCAAACGAAUCUAAAUAUUGUUAAAAUAAUAUGUUACAUUUUAUAAUAAAUGUAUUUGGCUCUCA